GAAAGAUGCUGCCAGCCCCGUGUGGCCCAGACUGGUGGGCCGCCUCUCGGCCAUGCUUCAGGAGGACAUGCUCCCUGCACGGGGUGCGGCCAACAUCUUCUGGGCAAAUGGCAUACUUUCUGAGAAAGUGAGAGAGUGCGACGAGCUGCUGAUGGAGUUGGCCGGCUAUGUAGAAAGGCAUGUUGGCACCAUGAACCCGCAAGAGCUUUCCAGCUGCUUUGUGACCGGAGUCAAG